CCGCCAUAACUCGCUGCGCAACCAACAAGAAGCAAUCCCACGCCCAACAACUGCAGCCCGCCAGCGACAAGGCAAGUUGAUACACAGGUGAAGACAACCAAACAGGCCAGGCAGCAGCACCCACCCUAAACAGGCGAGAUUUGACAAGUUCGGCAGAGGAGAGAGAGUGAGAGCCCGAACCAGAAACCGGCCUGUCGCUCUCCGCGUCGGCCGUCAGCUGAACAGAGAUGGCUGGACCGAACCAACGAAAAGGCGACACACACAGGGAUAGCCAGAAGGAGAAGGAUGUGCGCACUGCCAACAUCCUCGCGGCUAAAGCGGUUGCGGACGCGAUCCGAACCAGCCUGGGUCCGAGGGGAAUGGACAAGAUGAUCCAGGGGGGCGACGGGGAGGUGGUUAUCACGAACGAUGGGGCCACUAUCCUCGGGCAGAUGCAGGUGUUCCACCCCACCGCAAAAAUGCUCGUGGAGCUCAGCAAGUCGCAGGACAUCGAGGCCGGCGACGGCACGACGUCGGUGUGCGUCAUCGCGGGGGCCCUGCUGAACGCCUGCACCGACCUGCUGGCGAAGGGCAUCCACCCCAUGGCCGUCGCCGAGUCCUUUCUGGCCGCUGCCGACAAGGCGGAGGAGAUCUUGGAGGGGAUGUCCACGCCGGUUGACCUGGCGAACAGGGAGACGCUUAUCCAGGCAGUGGACACAUGCUUGUCGUCGAAGGUCGUGAGCCAAAACUGCGAGACGAUCAGUCCCAUGGCCGUGGAUGCCGUUCUUGGCAUCAUCGACCCUAUCAACGCCACCAACGUCGACCUCAGGGAUAUCAAGAUCUGCAAGCAGCUCGGAGGUACCAUCGACGACAGCGAGCUGGUGCACGGGAUGGUGUUCGAGAAGGGCGCUAAGAAGAGCGCAGGAGGUCCCACCACCAUCGAGAACGCCAAGGUGGGCCUGAUCCAGUUCUGCCUCUCGGCGCCCAAGACGGAUAUGGAGAACAACGUGGUGGUGUCCGACUACGCCGCGAUGGACCGUAUCUUGAGAGAAGAGCGCAAAUACAUCCUUGGUCUCUGCAAGAAGGCGAGAAUCAAGAAGGCCGGGUGCACCGUGCUCCUCGUGCAGAAGAGCAUUCUCAGGGACGCGUACAACGACCUUUCCAUCCACUUCCUCGCCAAGAUGGGCAUCAUGGUGAUCACCGACGUGGAGCGGAGCGACAUCGAGUUCAUCUCCCGGACGCUGGCGCUCAAGCCAUGCGCUCACAUCGACACCUUCACCGCCGACAAACUCGGGACUGCGGACCUCGUGCAGGAGGUUUCGAUGCCUGGCUCCGGCCACAAGAUCGUGAAGGUGACGGGCGUGCCAACAACGGGCAUGACCAUGACGGUGCUCAUGCGCGGGUCUAACCGCCUGGUGCUUGACGAGGCGGAGCGCAGCGUGCACGAUGCUCUGUGCGUUGUGCGGUCUCUGGUGAAGAAGCGCUUCCUCAUCUCGGGGGGCGGCGCGGCGGAGACGGAGGUCGCGAUGCAGUUGACAGAGUGGGCCAAGACUCAGACUGGCAUGCGAGGGUACUGCAUACGGGCGUACGGCGAGGCUCUGGAGGUUAUCCCGUACACUCUGGCGGAAAAUGCGGGAAUGAACCCGAUUAGCAUCGUCACCGAGCUUCGUUCGGAGCACGCCAAGGGCAAGGUUGGAGCAGGUAUCAACGUACGCAAGGGCACCAUCAGCGAUAUGUACGCAGAGCACGUGAUCCAGCCGGUGCUCGUAAACUCGAGCGCUCUCAAGCUGGCCACUGAGUGUGUGGGGAUGAUCCUCAAGAUCGAUGACGUCGUGGCAGUCAUGUAGAUGAGAGGCGCGAGAUAUUUGGAAUCAAGGGUAUCGGUGUUCGGGGUAAAUUGGGACAGCUGCUGUCGGGCACCGAGUGCGUGGUCACCGAAAUCGAUGACUUCGUGACAAGUCGUGUAUUUGGAAGAACGGCCUCGGUGAUCAGGAACUAUCGUGGGGGUCAUUUACUUGGCCAUUAGCUGCUGCUGGUGCGGAGGAGCAAAUAGGAACAGAGAGAACACGAAACGCGUGGCUGCAUCCUUCAGAGCUUCAGCACCAAAAUGAUGUGGCGUGGUGUUGUAAGGGUGUUGACGAUGGGUUUUGAGCCUCUUGUGUCUGCUUGCCCGAGCGAUGGUGGCAUGUGAGAAAACUGGAUCGAGGAAUUAAUCGAGCGGGAGGUGCUCCUCUGAAAUAUUCACUGUAGUUUUUGUUCAUCCACCGGCCGUGCCGUGUGAGAGUCAUGGCGAUUUUUUGCUGUUCUGGGUGUGGGGAGAAAACAGCCGCGGGAGUAUGCUCGUAAUGUGAAACCGCUUUUGAAAGUUGUGCCGGGGUUGCCAAUGGUGAGUCACAGUGUUACGAUACGCGUUGGCUCUGUUUUCCGUCGGUUCCGCGUCCACCGCCCCCCUCGGCACUAUGCCUAUGACGGUACGAAUCACUCUUGAUGUUGAGACGGUCCGCGUGAGGCGGAUGGAGAUGGGUGGGGCCGACACCCGUGUAGAGAUUGCUGCGGCAUUGCGUUGGCGCUGUCACCUGAAGCCCCACCUUGCCAUGCCUCAUCAUAUGCAUAGGUACUGUCAGAAUUGGUCUCGUCCUCUGACCAUGUGCCGCGAACGGCCGGAGUUGACAGGUGCACUCCCCGCCAAUACGGUUGGACUCUUGUAAUGGGGAGUGCUGCCAUUAACGCUCCGCAAAAUUACUCUUGUAAUGGGGAGUGCUGACAUUAACGCUCCGCAAAAUAACUUGCACACUGUGUCAACCUAAGGCAGGAGUCUGUGAACU